AUGCCUCAAAUUGAGGAUACUCCUCAACCUACAAGUCCUUUGACCAAUACCCUUGCGAUUAAGCUUCCUGACAAUGUAAGAACUGUUUUAACUAAAAAUACACAUAAUUCCACUGUUGAGACUAAUUUUGAUACAGGUCCUAGUCUUGGAGCUAUGCCCCUUGUCAUCAAUAAUCAUCCUAUGGUCACAAUAGGCAAGGAUGCAAAACCUGUGAAAACUCCUCUUGCUACUGGAUGCAAAUUCCAGUCUAAGGGAACAGAAGCAACUGAAGAUCCAAGCCUGUAUCGUUCUGUUGUUGGUGCUCUUCAAUAUCUCACAAUUACUAGGCCUGAUCUUGCUUUCACAGUCCACAAACUAUGUCAAUAUAUGCACAGGCCAUUACAAAGUCACUGGAAGAUAGUUAAAAGGGUAUUACGAUACAUAAAUGGGACGCGUGAUCAUGGGUUGCUCUUUGAAAAGUCAAAUAAUCUGCAUAUAAUAUGUUAUUGUGACAGUGAUUGGGCCUUUGAUCAAGAUGGUAUGAGGUCCGCCUCUGGUUAUUGUUUAUUCCUUGGAAGCAACGUGAUAUCUUGGAUGGCCAAGAAACAACAAGUAGUGUCAAGGAGCAGCACAGAGGCAGAAUAUAGAAGCCUUGCAGCUUUGGUAGCAGAAACUUAG